AUGGGUUCAGGGGGUCAACGGGCCGUCUCGGGAACACCAGGAGGUGGCAGGGGAGAGCAUCAUACCCCAACGAGGAGGGCAGGGGGAACAUCCCAGAUCGUGCGAGAAGAAUCGCCAAUCGAAGGAGGGAAAGAUGGACACGAGGAUGACAAUGGCUCAGACCGACACAGGGAUAAGCGACAGAAGCGAAACGAUGACGCUGACGCGAGCACUGGGUCUGUGCCCAGAUCGAGCUCGGGGCCAGGAACGAUAGAUCAGAGAGUACAUCUGGAGCUGCACGGCGAAAGGACUGAACAUUGGGUUGGUCCACCGAUACAUAAUCCUGGGCUGUAUGAGCGGAUACAGAGGGAUGGAAGAGCAGGGGUAUAUGUUGGCCCAGGGGCUGGCGUCGUGGCUCGGUAUACGCCACUUAGACAACCACAGAGAGAGACAGACCAGGGCCAUGACCAUGCUGCAGGCAGCACCCUCGCCCCUGGGGGAAAGAGGAGAGCAGGGGAUGGGGUAGCUGAAACGGUUACUUCGGUUACAGGAACAUCAAGUGAUGCUGAUGAGCUCCCUCAGGUGAGAACAACAAAGAAAAGACCUCAGGUAGAAGACAGCUCGGGGGAGUCCACUGUUGGCGCGGGUGAGACUGCUAAAGUAGACAAGGGCAAGGAUAGGGCUGUUGAAGAGAAUAAUAUCGCUGAUCCAGCUGAUCCUUCGAGGCAAAGCAAUGCUGGGCCUGAAUCCGCUGAACAAGUUGUCAUUUCAAGCGAUCAGAGCCAUAGGACUGUAUAUGAACGAUAUGGAGAGAGGACAAAAGAGCGUCCACCUCCAUAUAAAUCAUCACACUUCACACCCUCACCAGGCGAAAUUCGGGAGAACCCUCCACACAUACCGUACAGCGGAUUCUAUGAAAAGAGGCUCAUCAAAAAGUUGAAGAGGGAGUUCGGCCGUAUGGGCCGAAACCGCUUGAUGCUGCAUUUCCCGAUACCCAGACAUCCUACUCGGCGGAUCAGGACUUGGAGUGCACCGAAUAUUGCACAGCUGGGCAGCUUUGGUCGGACAUUGGCCAGUGUUCUACCAACCUGUCCACAGCUGACCAGGCCUGGCAGGCGAGUUAAUCUUAUUUUUGACAAGAAUACGCCAGUCAUAAAGGAGGAGAGUCCGCCAGAGGAAAUUGAUCUAAGACAGUUCCCUCUUCCAUCAAUUGAAGACGCGCCCGAGAGCGAAGCUGGGCCGUCAACACGUAAUGAAGCUAGGGGUUUGGAUCCUGAGGAUGAAUCCGGGCAGCUUCUAGUCGAGGCUGAGUCUGAAGUGGUUGUCGAAGAGCCACCUCGACGGACUAGGAGGCAAGCUGCUAUCGCAGGCAGAGAGAAGAUACGGGAGAGCACUGCGCCGCCAAGACGUGCUGCAACUCGAGGGCCUGCAGCAAGAAAGACAGUGGCUACACCUUCUGCAGAGCAGCAACCCGAAAUUAAGGAGCAGGUCCAAGUAGAGAUACCGGCUGUCAUUCCCGAGGAGGCUGAGCAAGCUGAAACCAGCACCCGGCCAAAGCAAGCCUCAAGGGCCAGGGCAAAGGGCAAAGCUCCCAGCAAAGCCCCUGCUGAGACAAAAGCCGCGAAAGUAACGAAGGUAACGAAGGCAGCCAAAGCAACCAAAGUAGAGACUAAGAAAUCAGGUCCAAAGCUGAAGACGCAGGCGACGAGUAAAGUUGCCCCUAAAUCGAAGGUCGCUAGCAAGGCAACCAAAGGAGGCGCUGGUAAGAAGGGGAAGUGA